UCAACGGCGGCGGCGACUUGCCCCGCCCGUAAGGCGGGGCUAUAAAGAAGGAUAGGGUGUCACGUGCUUCGGAGUCACGAGGCGGAACUGAAGGCGCGGCCGCUCUGAGUGCGUGGUGGUGGUGCUGGUGGUGGUGCUGGGGAGCGGUGGUGUCGUGGUUAGCGCUGCGCUGCGCGACUAACCCGGCCACCCGAGUUCGACUCCCUCCCGCUCACGGCCAACACCGGUGGCGGUUAUAUGAACCGAUCCUGUGCCUCCCCAAGAUCGACUCGGCCUAAAAUCGAGUAGCCGGUGCGGUGUGUAAAACAUCGCUACUUUGAUAGACAACAUCGGCCGGGCGUGGUGCUGGCCACCCACCCCCCUCGCGUGCUGUGCCGCGUUGCCGGCCUUCAUAGGUGCUCGCUAACAGCGCUUGCACCAACAGUCUGUUACGGCUACACGGGGGGACCUUUGGUGCUGCUUCUUCUGCCGUCCAAGCGCCCAGUCAUCUUGCCGUGUUGCCGCGCUAGCGAGCAGCAUGAAGUGCCUCCUCAUCGCCGACAGCAGCGCCGACGUGAAGUUCGUGUGGGCCGAUGCGGCGUUCGCUGCACGACUCCACCGGGCGGCAGGCGGCGUGGAUGCGUCGCCCGAGCAGGAGGUGCCGGCGGCACUCGACAUGGACAGCCUCGUCUACCGGAUGUUCGCCCCUCUCGUGGCGUCGGCCACCGUCCUGGAGACGGAGCUGGAGGACUCGUACGCGUCGUUCGAGUGCCUGGGCGACGGGCGAUACGCGCUGCGGCGCUUCGGGGACCUCCUCUACGUGGCCGUGAGCGCGUGCGCCGCUCCGCACGGCGCCGAGACCGACCUCGCACGGGACAUCUUCGCCCUCCGUCGCCUCGUGGAGUUUCGCUUCGGCCUGGCCUGCCACGACUCUGAACUGCUGCGCAAGGCGCUGAAGCCACCGGGGCUGGAGAAGAGGCGUCGCGUGUGGGCCGAGCUGGAUGCGACGCUGAGCGCGCUGGCGCGGCUGCGCGACACCGAGCAGGGCUUCCUGGUGGAGGCCGUGGAGCGCAUCGCGUCGCCGCAGCUGGCCGAGGGCUGCCUGGAGCGCCUCGAGAAGGUGGUGAUCGCGGCGAACGCCGUUCCGGAGCGGGAGCGCGAGGGCGAGGAGGUGGUGCACGCGUUUAUCCUGGUGCACACCAAGCUGCUGGCGUUCUACUCUGCACGGAACGCGGGGGUCCUGGCCCCCUCCGAUCUGCUGCUUUUGAUUCUCGUGGCGCAGAAGAUGUUUCCCCGCAGGGAGGAGGGCAACGGAGCAGCAUCCGAGGGUGCCUCGACACCCACGGCAGCCGCUGACAAAAAUGAAAAUGGCAGAAAGGCAGAACCCAGAGCCACGCUCGGCAACUUCGGUGGCGGCAAAGGCCGACAGCAGCCGCCCGGCAGGCGGCCCGGCGGCAGGGCGCCGGGCAACGGCGGGGAUGCCGAAACGGGAAGGUGCCCGGGGAAGGCCGAGUUUGAGUUUGUGAGGAGCGAAGCCGUGAACCCGAGGUCCCAAAGCCCCAGCCGCUUCAGUCAGAACACAUCGAGCGAGGAGGACUUUCAGAUGGCUCUGGAGAGCGUCGCGGAUGAGACCGUGCUCGCCGAGCUGACGGAGGGAGGGUGCCGGAGCGGCGGGUCCUCGACGCUCGCCGCAAGCUCCGUACCGUUUGUGUUUGGCUUGGAGGCGCAGCGCGUGGCAGUGAGCGUGGGGGCCGGCCACUGCGAGGAUGAUAACGAUGAUGAUAAGCUACCGAAACGCGUCUUCCUGGAGACGGGAGGACGCGAGAGCUACAGCCCGUUCACCCCGCACAACCUCUACUGCUACGAGGUGCACCCCGGCAUCACGCUCUCCUUGCUGAGCCGUGGCCCCAGCAGCCGCCUCGCUGCCCCCAUGUCGUCGCUGCUCGACUACUUCGUGUCCGUGGAGAAGAUUUUUGACGAGGGCAUCCGACCCCGACUUAAAGACGACAUGGAUAGAAAAAUGAAACAAAUCGUCGACUGCCAGAAAAUCGGCCGCUCGCAGACGACAUCUCUGCAGGAGGUGUGGCAACUCUUUAAGAGGAAGCUCUUGGUGAAGAGCAGCGAGACUCUGGACGUCGAUUGCUUGACUUCGGCAUGCCGCACCAUUCAAAAGUUUCUCUGCAAAGCGUUUAGUGUGCUUUACCUGCUCGAUACUCCAAGCGCCCGCAUGUACCGGUCCCUUGAGGAGAUCGCGCUGCAGUCCAUGCGCAAAAAGCUGGAAGACUACAAGGACUUCCUGCUGGUGAAGAGUGCGCGCAACAUCACGAUGGCUGCCUACCUGGAGAAGUUCCCCGGACUUGUCCAUUUCCUUUACAUGGACCGGGCCCUGGGGCUCCUGGUCGCCCCAGCACUGCUCACGGAGGGUGGCUCGGAGCUGGGUCAUGGGGCGAUCGCGGCCGUGGUGCGCGACCUCGUCUGGUGGUUCGUGUCUUUCGCUCGGCGAAUGCUGCGGCACGGUUACAAUAGCAUUGCUCUCCGCAAGGGCGACUUCGUCUGCUCCUACUUCCUGUGGUUUCGUGAUACCGGUGGCAAGAGCCUCGCGGCUCCAGACCUGAAGGCGGACGUUGAGGAGGGGCCUGCCGGGCAGCCCGUGGGGGUGCUGGCGGGGGACUCGUACCGCCGCCUCAUGUGGCUCUCGGCGAGACGGCGCCAGGAAGAGGUGCGCUGCUACGAGAUGGUGGCGCUUCACCUGGCGGUGGUGCCUGCGGAGUGCAUCGCUCAGCAAUGCCAGCAGUUGGUGAAGACGCUCUGGGAGCCACCAGGGCUGCCCUUGCUUUGACCAACGAUGAGCCCGAUUGCACGCAGCGAUUCGGUUCGCAUGAAGCAAGACUAGCUGGGCAUCUCAAGCCCAACGUUGGUGUUGCUAGAAUCUGCCUCGGGGAAUCCAGGCUGUCGAUUACUUUAUGAGCUUCUGCCAUGAGGGUUUUGGUGGGAUGCAAGCGUUUGAUGCAACUUGCAAAGUGCUGUGGAGCUUGUAGGAAACCCACCCCCCUGGGACCACGCGGCCCCAUUCUGCUCCACUCAUGAAGCCACGUGUGCCUAAAACUCUUAAAGCUCCUCUGCUGCCUGACCACCAACAGUUCAUUCCAUCGGCAUCAUCGGAUUGUUGUAGAACGCCCGUCGAGUUGCACUUUAACAUGAAGCUGCGUACACUUAGGCCAUGGCAACGCUGUCUGUGGCGAAGCAUGCGGUUGCUGCCUGUAACAGGCACGACUGGUUUAUACGGACUUGUGGAUGUAGAAAAUUAUUGUAAAUGUUCUUGGCCAAAUGCUUACCAUAGCCAGUGAAUCUGCAACCAGAAAGAGAUACUGUCAUGGCCCGUCUCAUACAGAACUGCCAAUCUAGUUAUCCGAGCAAGUGCUUGCAUUAUCAGGUGUCUCAUUGCCACAGUCUCAAGUGGAUACAUUACCUUGAAGCGGCUGCACUCGCAAUGCUUGUCUGCAAACUACAAAGUGUAAUGCAGAAGGGCAAGGCCUAAGAUUCUAUAGUUGAAGUUUUCGUGACUGCAGGGAUCCAUACUCUGGUUCUUUCGGUAAAGUCACGUAGGUAUAAAAUAAAUUAAAUCACGACGUUUCGGACGCAACACAAGCGUCCGUACAUCAGGCGGGACAACCACGGCAAUAAACAAUUGCUGAAGUAGGCAAAAGAGCUGCUAAUAACAAGGGGUUAUAUAGAUGAGGGAAAGAAGAACCUGUGGACCUUGCAGCACGCCACCUCUUCCCCUCCCCACCCUCUCUAUCCCUGCUCCACAGAUGGUUUUUCUUCUCCCCACCCACCCUCUAUCCUUGGCUCCUCCCCCCCCUCCAUCUAUAUAAUCCCUUGUUAUUAGCAGCUCUUUUGCCUAUUUCAGCAAUUGUUUCUUGCUGUGGUUGUCCCGCCUCACGGAUGCUUGUGUUGCGUCCGAAACGUGAUUUAAUUUAUUUUAUACUUUGUGCCUACGUUACUUUACCGAAAGAACCAAAGAGUAAGGCCUAAGAUGUUGAACAGAGAUGGGGGUAUGAAGGCAGAUGUUGGAUAAACGUGAGACGAUCGUGUCCUGGGGAAUGGACACCGAGGCUGCCCAAUGUGCUAAAUAUGCACUUAAUGCUCUAUCAAUUAUAAAAUAAGUUUAUUGACACGUUUAUUAAAUAAAGGUAACUGUACACAUUGAAAAUUGAUUUUUCAAGA